AUGUAUUCUCUAUAUCAAGCAUGGUUGACAUUAGGAUCAUGCAGCAAUAUUUCUCAAACGACCCCGGCGAUAUCAUCAACAUCACCAUUAAAUUUAUCAACAUCAGCAAAUUUAUCGCCAGUUCCUGACGUUUACCUUCAAGUUGGCCCCCACUUAACUCAAUUUUCAGCACAUAAAAUAGUUUUAACAACACACAGUGGAUUUUUCAAGGCAGCUAUAGUUAAUCAACAAGGAUCUACGCCAAUAAUGGUUCCAAAUGUAAACGUAGAAGAAUUUUCAGCUUUGUUAACAUUUAUGUACACCGGUUAUUUGGAUGUUAAUGUAAAUAAUAUCUACAACAUUAUUCUAGCCACUCAUAUUCUACACAUGCCCAGAGCAUUGGAUCUAUGCAGAUCAUUCUUAUUACAAAUUCAACCACCAGAAAUCCGAACCAACAUCGUUAAACCUAUUCCUAGCAGAAAAGCAGUAUUACCCAGUCAAGAAAUAUAUGCGCCUGUAUACAGCGCAUUAAAUAAAUCGGAGGAUACUCCGUUUAAAAAAGUUAUAUCAAAAUAUGAAGGGUCAGAAAAAACUUCAGUUUUAAAAAAAGAUGACGCAGAAAUUGAAUUUGAGAUUCAAUCUGGCAAUUCUGGAAAUAGAAUUUACAUGGAAAAACAAAAAAAUAAAAAAUGUCAAGAAGUAUCAAAUGAAAAAAUUGUUAUUGAUAUAGCUUGUUGUGAUGGACCAGUAAAAUUCCACAGGGUUAUCAACAAAAAUUAUGGAGUAAUCGUUCCUGAGGAAGCAUUUAAUAUUUCAGAGAUUAAUCAGAACGAAGUUUUAAAUAAAGUAAUGAACAAAAAUAUACAAGACCAUGUUGAUAAUGAGACGGAAAACCAGAGUAAUGAAGUUUUUACUUGUAUAUAUUGCAAUCAUACUUUUAAGUCUCAAUACUGUUAUCAAAAACAUGCAAGAAGGCAUUUAAAUCCAAUAAAUGUAGGAAAUAAAGUGACUCAAAAAGAAACUAAAAGAGAAGUAAAAUUGCUUGAUAUGAAUGUCCAAUAUUAUCCAUGUAAAACUUGUGGAAGUAAAUUUCCCAGUUAUUACUUUGUACAUAAGCACAGAAAAUUGUGCCAUGCUGAAGAAAUAGCGGACAAUAGUCACAAAAAUACAGACGCAAUAUCAGAAGACAUCGAAAGCACUGCGAGCAACUGUAGUCCUAUUGAUGUUGAAGCUGUAAAUUUCGAUAACUAGACACCCCUAGUAGUUGAAAUAACGCAAACAUGGGCAA